AGGGAUAAAAAAGAAGUUAGCAUGUCCGUUGGAGAAAUCGCGAAUACUUUGAGUGAAAAAGAAUUUUAUAGUGCCAAGUCGGAACCUAGCACAUUCGUAAAAGCAUGGACAGCUCUCCUGGUGGAAACCGAAAACUUGGCUAAAGAGAGAAACAAGUUUUCUGAAUCGAUAUUAACUGGCGUAGCGGAACAAGUCAAAACGGUUGCCAGCAAGAAGGAGGAGAUAAGAAAAAAGCACAUGUUGUUUUAUCAACAGUUGACUUCUGAUAAGGAGAAAAUAUAUUCAGAAAUGCAAAAAGCGAAAUCACGUUACGACGAGAGUUGCGUGGAAGCUCAGUCUUCUCAUCAAAAGCAAGAAAGGGCACCGGAUGAAAAGUUACUAGACAAGUUGCGCAAACAAGCCUCGGACAGUAAUAUCGAGAUGAACAACAACAAACAAUUACAAGAGCUCAGCGAAAGCAAAACAAUUGCUUUACGGAAUAUAUGGAGUGGAUACGUAGACCUUGAGCUGUCCAGCUUGGAUGAAUCUAGAUCACAUCUCGAGUUGGCGCUUAAAUUCAUUGAAGAUAUUGAUGCUC